AAGCAGUUGUAACUGUAGCUUCGAUGGACACAAACGUGGUGAACAUUACAAACAAAAGGAAAAUAUAUUAUUAUUUAAAAUGAGCGCGAAGGAGAAAAUUGCACGUGAAAAUGACGUCAAGAGUGAAGUGGUCGACUAUGACGAGUUGCUAGUAGCUGCCGGUGACUUCGGACGAUACCAACUGGGCCUGUUUCUUAGCACAUUUCCGUUCUACGUUCUUGGAUCCUUUUCUUACUUCACUCAAUUGUUCCUAACUGAAACAUCUCCCGACUAUUGGUGUAUGGUGCCUGAGCUACAAAAUGUAUCAAUCUCUGAAAGGAAAAAACUGGCCAUACCGUGGGAUGUAAAUGCUCCGUUUGGAUAUUCACAGUGUCACAUGUAUCAAGCGAACUGGACCGAAGUGUUGAUUUCUGGAGUGACGCCUAAUGAAACCUCAAAGAUAGUGCCAUGUCAAUACGGCUGGGAAUUCGAUACGACUGAAUUCCCUUACCCAACAAUAUCUAGUGAAUUGGGAUGGGUGUGUGACAAAAAUAGCUAUGCUGCUUCUGCACAAUCCAUUUUUUUUGUUGGUUCUAUUUUUGGAGGAUUUCUGAUAGGAUGGGUCUCUGAUCGGUUUGGCAGACUACCAGCUACGGUAGCUAGCAAUUUAGCGGGAGCCAUUGCAGGCGUAGCUAGUAUCUUUGCGACUAAUUUCAUACAAUUUGCAGUAUGCCGAUUUUUCAUGGGAAUAUCGUAUGAUAACUGCAUGAUGAUGAUUUACAUUCUACUUCUUGAAUAUAUUGUACCAAAAUAUAGAACGGUCAUAACAAAUAUGGCCUUCGCUGUCUUCUUCACUAUUGGAGCCGUUGCCCUGCCAUGGAUUGCCCUGGCUUGUGGAGAUUGGAGAACAUUGUCUGUUGCCACCAGCGUGCCGAUGGCUUUCACCUUGUUGGCCCCAUUUUUGUUACCCGAGAGUCCCAGAUGGUUACUGUCUAAAGAUCGGGUUGACGAUGCUGUAACCAAAGUUUUGAACAUUGCUCGUGUCAACAAGAAGCAAGUACCUCAAAGUCUGAUAGAAAAAUUCAAACGAUCUACAAAAAAUAAUAAAGAAGUGCCUGGCAACAUAAUUGAUAUGAUGAAGAGACCACUACUAAGGAAAUUGUUUAUUUGUGCGUGUAUUGAAUUCAUGUGCUGUAUAUUAAUUUUCGAUUCUUUGAUUAGAACAAUAGGACAGUUGAAGUUUGACUUCUUUAUAUCUUUUUCUGUUAUAUCAGUGACUGAACUACCUUCACUAGUUCUUUUGUCAUUCAUAAUGGAUUACACUGGAAGGAAACCUUUACUUAUGGUUGCACUGCUUCUUGCUUCUGUAUUCAGUUACCUAAUACCGUUUGUGGGAGGUGGGUGGCAAUCAGUGUUAUGUGCAGUGGCGGCAAGGUUUGUGAUGAAUAUGGCCUGUAACACUGCUAUGCAGUGGGCAGCUGAAAUGUUACCCACAUCGGUGAGAGGUUCUGGGUCAUCAAUUAUACAUAGUUGUGGAUACAUUGCAACUGUGAUAUCACCAUUUGUAGCAUACCUCGAAAUAUAUUACUUGUGGUUACCAAUGGUUGUCGUUGGCAGCACCGCAAUAUUUGCGGCUUUAAUUAGUAUAACUUUGCCUGAAACAGCCAAAAGAGAUAUGCCUCAAACGUUUGAUGAUGCAGAAAUUUUAAUUAAUAGUCAAGGCUAUUUUGAUUUUCCGUGUCGUAGAAAAAAGCAAAUGGGUCAUGUGCAGGGAUGUGCGAAUGAAAGUUUCGAAUUUAAUUAACUACAGUAACUAAACACUAAAAUAUCUGCACUAAUGCUGUAUUCUUGUUUUUUUCGUUUAUUUUAUGCGAUUGUUUUCAUUGUGAUUUGAAAUAAAAUAUUUUUCAUUGAUAUUUAUGUGUAAUUAUGGAGCUAUUUUUGCGCUAGCGUAUUGUAUGAGCUACAAAUAUAUUUAUCAAAAUGUAAAAGCGAA